CAAAAAGCAUCUUGCUUCAUGCUUGUUCGUAGAGUCGAAACAAACGGACGGACGGCAUGUUCGUCUCGAGGUCCAUUCUGUAAACAGGCACCGGAACGACUAUUUGUUAUUGGUGUUGCAAAGCGAAAGAAAUCUUACAAAGGCUUUGUAGUCUUUCGGCUCCACACAGCGCGGAGACACGCACUUUGGAUUGAAUUUUCAAAUCUGUAGCAAUUAUAUCGAAUGUGAAUUGCUGAGUGGAUUUGCGGAGGGUGCUUUAGCUACUAUAGCCUAGGCCACGCACGGGAUGGCUUAGAGUGGAUAGCUGCGGAGUACAUUUUGCUAAUUGUUUGCGGUGGGCUAGCAUGGAGGAGGAUCUACGCUGCCUGAUGUCGUGCGUUCGCACACUGGUCUGCAAAGAUGGCAACGUGGACAAGCUGUGUUCGGACGUGCAGCGUGCUCGCUACGAGUCGCUGAAAGCGCGCCCGCUGCACCAGCUACUCUAUAGCAACGUGGUGGCAGCGCGCACCGAGGGUCACAACGCCGGACUCAGCAUAAAGCUUCUAGAGGACGACGGAGUACGCGCGCUAAAGGUGGAGGACGUCUUCAUGGAGCUGUCGUUCGACAUCCUGCCCAAGAUCGUGGCGUGUCUGAGCAUCCUGCAUCAAAACUGCGAGAAGAAAAGUGACGGCGUUAGCGGUGGCAGUGGCGAUGGUAGCGAUGGCAACAGCAGCAGCACAUCAUCCGUCAGCCAAUCGUCAGCCAUCGUUGCCGUGCCAUGUGACAAGCUGUGGGAGGACGACAGCAACGCGCUGCGCUGCCUGCUGCAGUUCAUCGUGACGCUGGGCAUCCACCCGUUCCUGUCGCUGCGGCUGCGCGAGAACGCCGAGCAGUACACGAGCGAGGACGGUGGCGGUGGUGGCGAGGGCGGAGGGCGAGGGCGGCACCCGACCACUAACCUGGAGGCGAGGCAGACGAUGAUGACGAUCGUCGGGUACCUGCGCUGCCUUCGCGAGCACCACGAGUUGUUGACGUUGCUUCGCGGCGACGUCGUGCACUGCUCGGCGCUGUGCGUGCUCAUCGAGCAGGUGGUGUUUGACGCCACGCAGCACGUGACCAGCGAAGGCGAACUGGACCUGUGCGCCGUGAUGAAGAAGCAGGCGCGCAUCUGGCUGGACGAGCUGGUCGACUCGUUCCAGCACCCAGACCUGAUAGCGCAGCUGCUCUAUCUGCAGCACCUAGCCACGCUGCCGUCCAGGUCGUUUGAUCUCUUUGUUGCUGGACAGUUCCAGGAUGAGUGUGAGAAGCUGAUUCUCCGCUUUGCCAUGAGGCCAGACGGGCUGGUGCAUGUCUUGGAUGCCGUCAUGCGCACACGUCGGGACUGGAAUUUUGGCCCGGAGCUGACUAUGCUGUUUAAGCAGUUAUCACACAUGCUGACCAGAGCGACGUUACAAGGUCUGCCGGCCAGCGAAUAUUACAACUCCAUUGUCAAACAGUUAGUGGAUUUGGUGAACGAGGAGACGCGUAAUCAUCACAACAUCCUGAUCAACUACGCGGCCGUCGCCGUGCUGAGAAGACUCUCGCACACGGACGCAGCGCACAAUGCCUUCAAGGACCAGCUGUACGCUCCGUUAUCCGUUCUCUACGACGGAGAGAAAGCCAACGCUCUUCCAGUCCUGUCCAACACGUUCCUUGGCGAUGUGAUCGUGGAAAAGGCGGAAAUCGAGCGAACCAUUCGCGUCAUCCAUGAGGUAAUGACCGGUCAGGCUCUCAAGUCGUGUCUCAACUUCCGUGUGUCCUCCGUAUUACCCAUGAUCUCUCUGUUCUUCAUGGGGGCUACUAUGCCCGUUAGAUCCAAGCUCAGGCGACGCGUGCUGGAGAUCCUGAAGGAGUACUUCCUGCAGCACUUGGACCCGGUGUCGCAGAUGUUCGUCCUGCUCGACGGGCCCGAGCCGCUGCUGUUGCGCAACACCGCGUACAUCAGCACGGCGGGGCACAUGGUGCGCAGCCAGGAAGGCGACGACCAGGAGUUCCCCUGGCGCAACGACACGCGGGACCUGUGGCCCCCGACCUCGUCCCUGCUCAGCCCCUCGUUCGUGCACGUCAUGGACCUGAUGCUGGAGCGGGCCAAGGAGCCCAACAGCCCGAUCAUCGCCGGCAGCUCCGCGAAGCACGAGAACGACGGAUCGCUGGCCGCGGACGUGCGCUGGAAUCGCAACUGCCUCGGCGCGAAGGUCGUGUCGGCCGUGCUCGCGCAGUGCCUCACCGAUCUGACCCGGUCGCUUAGCGGCCAGCUGGAGGGUUCCACCGUGAUGCUGGAACCCGGCUCGGACGCCGAGCCCGCUCACGUCGCCAACAUCGGCGGUGACUUUGUGCGUCUGAGCCUGGUAGCCACGGCGACGGAGCGCUAUGGCCCGGACAUCCUGCCCAGGACGGCAGAGGCCAUGGUGUUCGCAGCGCAAGGCCUGGCGUCGGCUGCCUUCUGCCUGGACGCCCGGGGUACUAACGCCGUCCUUCUGGACAAGGCGUUGGAGGCGCGCGGCAAGGGCCGCAUCGUGGCCUACUUCCACUGCUGGGUGAUCAACGCAUAUCCGGCCGUCAUCUGGUCGCUGGUCUCCGUUCAGCUGUGUCUGGCCCUGCUCUCGCAUCUACUGGAGUCGGAGGACAAGGUCCUGAACCCGGAGACUAUCCGAAAGCUGAUGUUCGCGCUACGUGUCAUUGGCAACUGUCACCCGGAGGAACACAUUCGCCAGCAUUGUCUAGAGGUUCAGAUAGCUGUAUCUACCUACAGCACAACGUCGAGCAUCGGCAAGACUGAAUCAUCCGGUGCAGGGGAGAUUACGAGUGCCACGGAACUUGAGCAGAUUUUAAUCUCCUUUCAGGAGCAGGGAACCGAGGCCGUAAGCGCUCUGGGGCCAGAGAAGCAUGACGUCCACAAUGCGUCAGAUGGCACCCACAACUCUGCCUCGUCCCGGUCGGCCGCGGAUCACGUGACUGUGUCCAGCCAAUCAGCAUCUUCCAGUGAUACCACGACAACUGCAUUCACCGCUGUGACUGGUGCUGGGCCAGGUGCCACAGGGCAGUCUGGCUCGCAAACAAACUCGAGCCUUACCAGCAGUCACCUGCCACCGUCCAGUGAAAGCUCCGGCACUUCACUCGGCAGCAGCAGCACUGCCACCACCACUACCGCCCACCGGCCACCCAGUAUCGGCAAGCCCUUGAGCAAGCACGCAGGGGCACGAAAAGUAAGCUCAAGACGAGCUGGCAAAGCUACCGCCAAGUACACUGCUGCCCGCAAGGCCGGCGUCGCCGCGGACGAGCCGCGCACGGGCGCCACGGCAACAGAUGCUGCAGCAUUUUCCGCCGGCAAGGCAACCGACAAAGCCGUCGGCGUCGACGCAGAGCCUGCUGCCGCCGGCACCGAGGGCGGUGACUCCUCGGCCAUCGCCGUAUCUGCUCAGGCGGCCACAUUCAGUCAGGCAAUGAUGGACGCUCACACGGCCGUGGGUAAGGCCGUGGCAAAGGCAUGGCUCGGUCUGACCGAUAGCGCCACCACCACCACCACCACCACCACCGGUACCGACGGUGGCAACAGCGAGAUCAGCACUGCCCCGGCAGGAAUAUCACCGAGCAGCGGUAGCACGGGUGGAUCGUCCGUCGGUCUCGACGCCGAUGCCACCGGUGUCUCGGCGGCCACCAUCACGGGUAGUUUAUCUCCGGGGUUGCAGCGUAAGAGGAAGAAAAUGGUGGACGACUGCGUUCUUCCCGCUGAUACCACCACAUCCCAGUCGACAACAACAACAACAACCCCAGCAGUAGCAGCAACAGCUACAGCAGCAGCCAUGGCCACCGAGGCGACACCGUCUACUCCAACAGCAGAAGAAGUGGCAAGAACUGUGGACACCGGAGCAACAAUAACAGCAACGAAAGCCACAGCCACUGCAAAAACAACAACAAUAGCCACCGCCACUUCAGCCACGGAAACAACAAUAGCAACCACAGACGCCUUAGCAACACCAUCAGCACCAACAACAGCACCAACAGCGGCAACAGCAACACCAACAGCGGCAACAGCAACACCAACAGUGGCAACAACAGCACCAACAGCCGCAACAACAGCACCAACAGCGGCAACAACAGCACCAACAGCGGCAACAGCAACAACAACAGCACCAACAGCGGCAACAGCAACAACAACAGCACCAACAGCGGCAACAACAGCACCAACAGCGGCAACAACAGCACCAACAGCGGCAACAACAGCACCAACAGCGGGAACAGCAAUAAUAACAGCAGGAACACUAGACAAAUCUACUGAUCUCACCCAGCAGACACAGACCGGGAAAGAAGGACAGGAACAAGUGAUGGCCGACAAGGAAGCCGCUCAUCUCAAAACAACUGCAGCUUCCGCUUCCUCGGGUGACAGCCAACCCUUGGGUGGCAAGCCGAGUGUUGAAGCGGACGCUUCUCGGGCAACACCACCGCUCACCACUGCUGAUAUUAAGUCUGCUUCUUGUGCAGUGGGGAGUAGAUCGCAGCCAGAUUCCACCAGCACACUAGCCGCUGUAACACCCACCACUACUGCCACAACGCAGGGACAGGUCGACACGCUGCAGUCCGUAACAACAACUGCGCGACAAGCGGAAAGCAAACCUGCAGCCAUUGGCCAGCCGAGCUCGGCGAAAACGAGCAGUAAACGUGCGUCCACCGCUAAGCGUGUAAACAUCGGAAAGAUUAGCGGCACGUUUGCCACCCUUCCCAUGCAGCAUAUCAAGAAAGUGGCGGCGAGGAAAAGCGAAGCGGCGAGCGAGUAUUUUCCGACAUCGACGUCGGCCCCUGUUGUUGGUGGUGGUCGCUCCGUGCAUGCGUCACCCGCAGUGAGCUCUCCCAGCAAGACAGUAGCGGGGGUGACUGCAGUGACGACGUUGCCAAGCUCUGGCGGUGUCACCACUGCCAACAGCAUCAGCACCAGUAGCACCACCAGCACCACCACCAGCAGCACCAGCAGUAGCAGUGGCAGCCUUCCUGGAGAAAGCAGUGCGUCUAGCGGUGCAAGCAGUAUCAGCAUUGGCACUGGAUCAGGCAGCAGCAGGAGCAAAGCCACCAGCCCUGCCUCCGCCAUUGGCACCACGACUACAUCUGCCACGACCACCACGACAACCACCACCAGAAGCAGCAGCAGCAGCAGAAGAGAACCCACGAGCAGCAGCAGCAGUGUCACCACCAUGAUCUCCAGCAAUGAUAGCCAUACCCGCAGCGUGCCCAUCAGCAGUGUACCUGACAGUAACAGUAGCGAUACCACUGGCAUCAGUGCAAGGGGAAAAUCAUCAUCGUCAUCAUCAGCAGCAGCAGCAGCACCCGCAGCAGCAGGAGUGCCAGCCGCUACGGAAUCACCAAUGGCAGUGGUGUCCUCGACGCCAUUGACAUCGAGCUUGGCACCGGCGACAACAUCGACAGUAACAACAGCAGUGACAACUACAGCAGUAGAAACAUCAUCUUCGUCAUCAACAGCAGCACAACCAACAGCAGCACCCCCAACAACAACACAACCAACGACAGUACAGCUUACAGCAUCACCGCCAACAGCAGCGCAGUCAACAGCAAUGCAAGCUGCAGUAUCACCAAGCCUAGCAACAACAACCCCGUCAGUUAGAGCAGGAACGGCCACAGUAGCAACAGCAGCAGAUGACCAGUCCACCACUGCAGCGGCAGCACCAGCACCAGCAAUCAUUCUCCAUGAUCCGGCCACCGGCAAACAGUACAACACGAUCGUCGAGUACCUAGAGCUGGACAAACUGAACGAAACUCUGGAACGACUGCCGGGAGAAAUGGUUGCCGAGACGAUGCACAUCAAACGCGAGGUAGAGCAGUUCUCGGCAGCUGUGGACGCUGCCAUGUCGGAAGCAAUGGAAGAAGCCCUGAUCAAGCUCAACGAAGUGUCCGUCAACGACUCACCAGAACUGCAUUCCGCGUUCAGCGGACGUCUGGCGGCGCUGGUCGACAACAUCACGGAGCACGGCGAGCUACUUGCUGCACGUGUAGCAGACGGUCCUGCCGAGCGUCGCAUGGCCAGCGCAGCUGCUGUGGACAGCACGGCUAUGCCUUCUUCAGGCGCUGCCUCGGCCGGUGCAGCGCAUGCUGCCGUAGCUAACACCGACGGCGGCGUGACGACAAUGGCGACAACAGCGGCAAAGGCGUCUGCUUCGUCGGCCGCUUCGUCGGCCGCCUCUCAUGCUCAUGCAAGCAAGGCUGGCAGUGCGACUUCCCCGACAGGCGCCCGUACUGUGACUGGCGCGAGCAACGCUGCACCCUCUGCCGACAGAACCAGUAGUGGCGGCGCUAAAGCAACUGUAGGAAAGGCAGCAGCGACAACAGCAGUACCAACAGCAACCACAACAGCACCAACACCAGCAUCAGUAGCAGCAACAGGCAGAGCCAGCAGUGGUGGCACGAAAACAACUGGAGGCAAAGCAGCACCAGUAGGCAGUGGCGGCAGUAAGAUGGUCGCGUCGGCGAAGAAGAAGAAGAGCAAGGGUGGUGCGGCAUCUUGAACGCACUGCUCGCCUUAACCAGGCUGGGGGUGUGUAUUUCGUGGACAUGGCUACAAUCAGCUGAAAGUGGAGCUGCCAUUGACAUCCGUGGAGUCAGCUGAUAGUGAAGGUGUCCUUAUUGAUGCUGGUGAAGUGAGCUGAGAGUGGAGCUGUCCUUAUUGAUACUGGAGCAUUCGGCGUAGAGUGGAGCUGUCAUUGAAACCGGAGUGGAGCACGAUGAAUAGCUGUGAUGCCGUGUUGUUGCUCAUACUGCACUGUGCUGGUCUGCGCUGCAAGCACUCCCGGCAAGCUCUCCAUAACUGCACCUCUGCACAGGUUGUGUCUUUCAUACCAGUCCUGUGAAGCUAGGAUUGGAAAUGCUCAACUGGUUUUAUUCAGCACACAAUCUGCUUUCCACCAGUCUCUAACACAAGCACUGGAAUCUGUCUUGAGGCAGUGUAAACGCAUAAUUAUCAUCUGUUUCUCUGCAAUGGCAACCCGGACAUCUUUCUCUCACUACUCCACAGGAUAGCAUAUUCGACAUUGGUGUUCCCUGCCUGGAAAUACACCACUACUCAUGCUCGACUAGAAAUCAAGCUGUAGAACACCUGCUUCUACCUUUUCAGUUCAGGUUGCUCUUACAUCUCAACCCUGCCGGUUCACUGGAUGAGCAUCAUCAGCGUGUGCUCCAAGUGUUUCCAUGCUCGCCUAUACACUAGAAGCUUAAGUACUGUUUUCACAGCAGUGCCUGCCAACAGUGAGUGCUCUUUGCGAAGUACUGUUUUCACAGCAGUGACUGCCAACAGUAAGUGCUCUUUGUGAAGUACUGUUUUCACAGCAGUGCCUGCCAACAGUGAGUGCUCUUUGUGAAGUACUGUUUUCACAGCAGUGCCUGCCAACAGUGAGUGCUCUCAUGCAACAUCACACUAGACCCUGGUUUAGAAAUGAACCUGGCUGGGCGUCACAAUGUUCGCGCUCGGACAUAGCAUCGGCGUCUCGGUGUGCUUGGUGACAUUGGUGGGUGAGAUAGUUUCGUGAGGUGAGUUGACUAAGCUGUGAUAACUCUCAGUUUGAGCAAUGGCGGCAUAUUGAGCUAGCUCACUGUUUUUUGUUGUUGUUUUUUUUUACGAGAAACCACGAACCUCGAGAACAGAAUACUGCAUGAUAGAGGUGGUUUACUGUGUCGCCGUUGAUCCCGCUCACGUUCCACAUAGCACAGAAACAUGUUGGAAAUGUGACGCCAUUACUUCACUGAAUGGAUUCUCAUGUUUAUCAUUAUGUCAUCCUGUCUUGUGUAUGAGGUCAUUGUGAUGAUCUCUGGGUAUGCAGUGACAUGCUUCUCUACACACUUCCGUUGAUUGAGUUAGCUUCCAGAUGGCUAAGAUGAUUAUUUUGCCUUUCCGGGUCUCGUGCAAGGAUCUAGCGUUGCUAUGACGUUGGCAUGCACUGGGUGCACAGCACCACUCAGGCAUGCUCAUGUGCAUUGUGCAGGCUGCAGGGGUUUCCCCCUGGCAUGUCCAUGACGUCAUGCCUUUUGAUAUUGACUUCGUCAUGAAAUUGAAUACGGAGCCCGUUGGGAAUCGUCAUAUCUAUCCAAGACUGAGAAUUUAAUUUGAAGUACUGAAGUAUUUCUUGCCGGUUAUCGCCGUUAGUUGCGAUUGAAACUAUUACUUUUAGGGAGCGUUAAUUCCUGGCCUUCAUGCUCAUACAUACGUCAACACUUUCUGCUGGGUCUUGUUACGCGAAAGGCCGCGUGUUCCUUGGCAUGUUCUCCACAUUAUUUCGUUUAUUCUUAGUUUCUAGCUUUUUUCCUUUCCAAUUUCUACAUUUUCAUUCUCAAAGCGCCUACACAUUGUACACGAUACACUGCUAUCAGCGAUAGUCGCUUUUUUACCGAAACUCUUGCAGUUGUUUUAGCCUUAGAUUUAAAUUUCCAGCUCUUCCUCCCAGCUAUGUUUUAUGUCACUUCACUCCAAUUUUCGAGGUUUUUUUACCCCAUCUUUGUUUCCUUUGUGCUUUGCGAGCUUGUUCUAGCGUGAAAGCAGCAUCAAGUGGAUGUCAAGACCGUCAAGAUAUGCCGAAUACAUGUAA